GAUGGAAUCCUUACUCUCGGCUAAGCGCGUAGUGAUGAGUGGGGGAAAUCCAACUCCUAUCCUCGAGAAUUUUGAGACAAUAUAAUCGACUUAUUAUACUAAUUUACAUAGAAUACCUGGGGGGUUUCCUGGCAAGUAAUAGCCCAUAGCCCAAGUUCCGUAGGCAUUAAUGUUAAUUGCAUUCCAAGGGAGUGAGAGAGAUGGCGAUUAUUCUUCCUGUGGACCUGAACUUUCCACUUCCUGCUGCAGCUUCUUCGCUUAUUUUCUCUUUUUCUUGUUCGAUUUUCCAGAGCAAUCGCAGAAUUCCCGUCAAGUCCAUCCCGGUUUCACUCUCAAACUCCAACUUUACGUUUCCAUUUCCAGGUCCUAAAUUCGAUUUCAGGGAAAAGGGGAGAAGCGGUAGAUCGAGGAUCACUCCUUACUGCGCCGAAAAUUCUGACAAGGAAAAGUCUAGAAUUGUGAAGGAAAAAAGCGUAUCGGUGAUUCUUUUGGCUGGGGGGAAGGGAAAAAGGAUGGGAGCGAGCAUGCCAAAGCAGUAUCUUCUUUUAGGCCAACCAAUUGCUUUGUAUAGUUUGUACACUUUCUCACGAUUGAUUCAAGUGAAGGAAAUCAUUGUGGUUUGUGAUCCCUCUUACAAGGACAUUUUUGAAGGAACCAAAGGGAAGCUUUGUGUUGAAGUUAAAUUUACACUUCCUGGGAAGGAAAGGCAAGAUUCUGUCUACAGUGGCCUUCAGGCAGUCGAUUCGAGUUCAGAGCUUGUUUGCAUUCAUGAUUCUGCAAGACCUUUAGUAUCAACAGGAGAUAUUGAAAAGGUUCUUAAAGAUGGUUGGCUGAAUGGAGCGGCUGUACUUGGUGUUCCUGUAAAAGCUACGAUAAAAGAGGCCAAUAGCCAAUCCUUUGUUGUCAGAACUCUGGACAGGAAAACGCUUUGGGAAAUGCAGACUCCACAGGUCAUUAAACCCGACUUGCUUAAUAAAGGUUUUGAGCUAGUAAAUAGAGGAGGACUUGAAGUCACUGAUGACGUAUCUAUUGUGGAGCACCUCAAGCAUCCUGUAUAUAUUACCGAAGGAUCUUAUACCAACAUCAAGGUCACAACCCCAGAUGAUUUAUUGCUUGCGGAGAGAAUAAUGAGUUUGAGCACUGGAGAUGGCUAGACUAUAUGGGCUUAAUUUGUGUAUCAUAUUGUUGUAGAAAUGGCAUUUUCUUUUAAUAAUUUUGAAAAUUGUUGGAGUGAAA